UCAGAAUUGUGAAUCAAAGAGGUUGACAAUUGAAGCGAGUCAAGUGCAUGAAGCGGCCAAGGCGUUUGGAAUUUGCUCGCUCGUGCUCACACUCACAACUACGACCCCAUUUGCACUGUAGCUACUCGCCAGAUUUGAACUCAACGCUCCCAACUAACAGCCUGCAUCUCAUCCACAAGCUUCUGAGAGUCCAGAGCCACGCCAGACGAUUAUUGACACAAUGUCGGAGAACCAGGGAAAGAUCAUCACCAAGGCGCAAUUGGCCGAGCACGCCUCUCACAAGAAUCUCUGGAUCGUCAUCUCCGGUCAGGUGUACGAUGUCUCCAAAUUCAUGGACGAGCAUCCAGGGGGAGACGAGGUCUUGCUCUGCGAGGCGGAGAAGGAUGCUACUGAGGCUUUCGAGGAUGUAGGACACAGUGACGAUGCUAGGGCUCUGCUGCCACCCAUGCUCGUCGGCGAAAUCGAAGGCGGAGGCGAGGCCGCAAAACCCAAGGUGCAGGUUUCUCCUGUCAACAAGGACCCCACCUCGGUCACCAACAGCAACCCUCUGUUCAUGUUCGCUCCAUUGCUCGUCCUGGGCGUUUGGGUCGCAUACAAGUACAGCUCUUGAGCCGCUUUUGACCUGGCAGUAGACGAGCGCACAGAGCCUCGAAUAUCGCUUUUGACAUUCUCAUCCUUUUUGGUUGCUCUGCUAUUCUAAUUGCAGUCCUUUAGCAUCAUGCAGGCGAUUGCAAUUCGAACAUUCACUCAGUCAUUCGAGAUGGGCGCCCGGUUGCUGGGCGUGUCCUGUUUGUUAUUCGAAAGCCAAGCGUUGGAGGGCCUGACGCGACGAAGCUCCCUUUUGGCCGGGCUGCGCAGACUCGGGGACCUCACUAUGCAAGUCUACGACUUUCACUUUGAUUUGGUGAAUGGGGUGGCGCCCUUUUGUCAGGAAUCGAGCUGAGCCGUGACAGUCUCGCA